UUAUGAUAAAACCAAAUAGUGAACCUACAGAAGACAAGUAAGAAUGUAAAAAAAUAAAUCACCCUUGCAUCGUGAGAUUAACAUUCACGUGCGGUGUUCAUUUAGUUUUGAGCACAUGCGUCGACGCCACCGAGUAUAAAUGUAAACGUAAUUGUAUGCGAUAAAUUGGACGACUCAGGCAAUCAGAUGGACAACCUCUCCACGCCGCAUAGUUCUCCGGAAGCAGUCUCUUUGGUUGAGAACAAUGCCAGCCCUUCUGGCCUUCACUUAGUAAAUCCACGACAGACAAACAGAAGUGGAGAUCCAAUGGAUUUGGUAGCAUUAGCUCAGCAAGUACAGAAGGCAGAUGAGUUUGUGAGAGGCAAUGCAUGCAAUAAAUUAACAGUUAUAGCUGAGCAAAUUCGAUACUUACAAGAACAAGCCAGAAAGGUACUAGAAGAUGCCAAAAUAGAUGGUGACCUGCAUCAUGUAGCUUGUAAUUUUGUGAAAAAGCCAGGGAAUGUGUACUACCUAUAUAUGCGUGAAUCUGGACAAAGAUAUUUCUCUAUUCUUUCACCAAAAGAGUGGGGUUCCAGCUGUCCUCAUGAAUUCCUUGGAGCUUACAAACUUCAGAUGGACAUGUCUUGGUCACCUUUUGAGGAAAUAGAGAGAAGAGACGCACAGAUUAGCAUCAUUGACAAACUGCUGAACCAGCAAUCCGCUCUGCCAAGCUGCUCGGAGCCCAAUUUUCACGGCCUUGUUGACUGAGCAGUACCUCACUGCUGACUGACCACAUGUUGAGAUUCAGCACAUUGCCUGACUUGGCUUUAAUUUGUUAAAUUCAAAACUACUUUUUGUUUGGGAUCAAAGAACAUCAGUCUUAUAUUUUCCACUGAUUACCAAAGCUGCUCUUUAAAUCCUUUUUAAUUGUUUUCAUUUAUUUAAUAUAUAGUGUAUGGUAUUCUAAAGGGGAUUGAGUGCAGAAAAAUAUUACAUUGUUACUUUAGAUAGACUUUUUGAACAUUCUCCCUGUUUUUAACUGCCUUCUCUAUACUGUCUAAUGUACAGAGAAUAACUGCCUGUAAUUUUUGCUGUCUCCUCUUGUAAGUGUAAACAUAUUAGGUAUAAUUAAUGACAGAAGCCAGAAUUUCAGGACUUUUAAAUUUGCUGAAAAAUGAGUAUAUAUUUUCUUUAUUAUUAGUUGAAGUGUGAAAUCGAACAAUGUAUGCUUUUAAAAUUUGCAAAAAUUCUAAAUUGCUAUUUAACAUUAUUAAAAAUACAGAAAACACCAUUCAUGUACCCAUUUCAUUAAUUCAACUAUGGCAUUACUGGAGCCAGAGUUGACCCAGGCAGCAUCAGAAACAAGUCGGGAA